CGUUCCUCUCACUUGGCAUAAGAUUCACGUCCAGUCUGUUUUUUUUAAACAACAAACAUAUUAAAUUUAUUAAAUAUAAAUUUAAUAUGACCACCCCCACUGCUGCUCAGCAGAAAAAGGAGCAGGAAAAACAAGCGUUGUAUGUCGAAUUGCAAAAAUUUUGUCAAAGUCAAGAUGAUACAAGGGCGAUUAAAGUUGCGAGUAAAAUCCUUCAUCUCUUCCCGAAUGACGAGGUGGCCUUUAAAACCAAGAUUGUGUGUCACGUCAAUCGAGGUAUGUUUGCGGAAGCGUUGAGUUUAAUUAAUGAUACGUCUAAACUAUCUGGUUCCGUCCAAUAUGAAAAGGCCUACUGUUUGUACCGCCUUCAGCGAAUGGAGGAGGCGAAAAGUGUCCUCGAUUCGUGGCAGAGCAACAGUUUUAAAAAAGUCGAGCUCAUGUACCAGAUCCAUUAUCGGCUCGAUAACUUUGAGAGUGCCUACGACUCUUUGAGCGAUCUGCUCAAAACGUCCGAUGAUGAAAUGGAUGAUGAACGGAGGACAAAUCUGUCCGCGAUUGCGGCCUCGCUUAAACUUGCGGGCAGUUCCCGACGGGUCAAGGAUAUCCAAGGGGAUUCCUACGAAAUGUUGUACAACCAUGCAGUCGGGUUAAUUGGAGAGGGAAAGAUAGUAGAGGCUGAAAAAUUGCUUCAGCAAGCGGAAAACUUGGCGAAAGAAACGCUACAAGAGGAAGGUGCCAGCGAGGAAGAUAUGGUGGAUGAGUUGGCCUUAAUCGAGUGUCAACACGCCUACUGCAUACAGGUCUUAGGUCGUGUGAAGGAAGCGUUGGGAAUGUAUUCCAAAAUAUUGAAAGACAAACCCUCCGACAUCGGUUUGACGGCCGUCAUUUCCAACAACAUCUUAUGUGGGAACAAAGAUUGCAGCAUUUUUGAUUCUAAAAAACGACUUCGGGUGAUGACCAUGGACGAAGUUCUCCUUAAAAUGAACAACAUGCAGAGGAGGGACAUGCUUCUAAAUGAGUGUCUUUUUGACCUACAUAUUCAUCAUGCGGCGGAAACUGAAAGGUUAUGCGCCUUGGUGGAGACAAGGUAUCCAGAGUUAGCUGAGGACGUGUUAAUGAUAAGAUGCUGUUUGAAGACUUGGACGGAAAAUAUUAUCGUGGCGAGGAAAGAAUUUAUAGCUAAGCAAGUGAAGGGUUCCGAUUCUUGGCUAAAGAUUAGUCUAGGAUUAAUUCAAAUAGCGCUAGAAAAUGAUUAUACGGAGCCCGCAAUAAACUUUAUGAAGGAGCUUGGCGACCACUACUAUCGGCCUGGAAUUGUUAGUGCCAUCGUCACGCUGUAUCAUCAUCGUGGGAAAUUUGAUAAAGCUGGCCAGGUUUUAAAGGAAGCCCUUGAUUUUCAUAGGAAAUCUGGGGCCAAUAAUGUUAACCUGAAACUUAUAUGGAGACAUAGUGCCUCGUUCAUGAUGGCGCAAGGGGAUCACGAAGGAGCGGCUAGAAGCUUGGAAGAAUUGCGCAAAACGACAAAUGACAGCGACCCGCUUGUCCUUGCUCAAUUAAUUGUUGCUUAUUCUCAGAUUAACGUCGAAAAGGCUAAAUCUUUAAGUAAGCUGCUUCCACCCAUCGCCACUUCGAACGUGGACGGACAAGUGUUAGAAUCGCCGAAUUGGCUCGCGCAUGUGAAAAUGUUUAGAAAAGGCCUUAAGCCGGAUUCCGCCCCUACACCGGCAAAAUAUUUAUCCACGGAUGGCAAAGACAAGCCGAAAAAGUCUAAAUCUAAAAAGAAGAAGGCUAAAAUCCCCGCUAAUUUCGACCCAGAUAGACAACCGGAUCCAGAACGUUGGCUCUCGAAAUAUGAAAGGUCGGGAUAUCGUCCAAAAAAGACGAGAAAGGGUAGAGUCGAUGUGGGUAAAGGAACCCAAGGGGCAGAUUCCACGGCGUCAGCCAUUUACGACAUGACGAGUAAGGUUGGUGCAAAAGGACAAACUACUGCCGAUGAUAGCCCCGCCUCGUCUUCAUCCGCUUGGAAGAAAGACCAAAGCAAGAAAAAGAAACGUAAAAAGUAGAAAAAAUGUACAAACCGUACAAAUGUUUCUCAACUUUUUUUACGUAUCAUUUUCCUACAUCGUACAGUACGAUACGGGUUACGGUUACGGUUAUAUGAAAAAAUUCCCUAUUUUUAUGCCACAUUAGUUGUAAUUUCCCAUUUGUGACUUGUUUAUUGACAUUAUCAAGAAAAAAAAUCAAUAAUAAAUUCGCUUGUGAUACCUCAUUCAAUUAAAA